CGCGAUUGGUGUGCGUCUGUAGGACAGCUCUCAGUGCGCCGGAAGUCGUUUCACGGCACCGAAAGUCGUUUCAUGGCUCUCCUCCCCAGUAGUUUUUGCGCUGGCACCAAUUCGAGGCCGGGCAUGGCGUCUAUGGUGCUGUACUAUUUCAGCUACCCCGACAAAGACUUCUUUUGCAGCCCUCAAGUUUCAGGAACGAGCACUGGGAGUUACGCUAGAAAGACUCCAGCGCGCAUCCGAGCUUUCUGUGCCGAACAAACCUGUGAAGUCAUAAAGAUUUUCAGUUCUUUCCAGCUUCCUUGGCUACCGUGACAUUUGGAAUAAGACUUCACGCAUGGUGCCCGGGUCAGGAAGGCUUCAACCGCAGGUCCGAACGCAACACUGAUUGGACGCAACCUUGGUCGCAACACCGUCACAUUCUCUUGAGAGGAUCCAAGCCAAACAGAAUUUUAGAUUAAACUGACCACAUCAAGGUAACAAUGACAGAACUUGGCUCUCGAAUCCCAUCCCAUGCUGUGGGUUUGUCCUGACCGUCAUUGGUCCAAGAGGCUGGCUCGACAGCCGAUUAUAUAAGCCAGUAGCGCUGUCAUCAAUAAUGGCUCCAGAUCUCGAUCUUUGGCACCCCAAGAACCCUCUCAUGGACACAAACCUUCUUUUUCUCUUUGCAAGGAAACAAAGACCACAAUGGACGCUGAGGAAUCAUUUCAAGCAGAGGGUUCUGGUGCACCGGAAAGUCCCGAUCCAGUAGCCAAAGGGGAGGAAGGAGAAGAGGCUUUGCUAACGGAUGAAAAUGAAGAGGGUAUUCCGUUGGAAGACGUAGAUCGAGUUGGACGCCGUGUCGAACUGGCACUCUGUGUGCUGUAUGUUGUGGUGGUGAUGGUAAUCUUCCAAGGUCCAUUGAAUAUAGAGCCUACCGAACGUCCUAUACCAGUGCAAUAUCUGGAAUCUACUGGUGACUAUAUUCGAAACCUGAGUCUUGAUGCAGAACACAAUGGAGAGACCAUUUCGGAUUUUGUCCUGAUUCUCUGUGGAGUUUUGCUUCCACUGAUUUUCCAGCUGAUUUUGGCAUAUGUUGUCCAUCGGCACUCUGAUGCUCUGAAAGGAAUCCAAGAUCGUCAUUGCACACUGUGUGCAUACUUUACCUCUUUCGCCACCAAUCUCAUGGUCACCGAGUUCCUAAAGGCAUAUUGUGGGUCUCUGAGACCUCUUUAUUACUACCUUUGCCAGCCCGACGAGAAGUACGAAGUAUGCUUGCAAGAAAGUGGAAGUUUGGCCCGAGAUGCUCGCAAGUCAUUUCCAUCGGGUCAUGCCAGCAUUUCGUUUAGUGGCCUUGUAUUACUGACUCUGUACCUGAACCAAAAAUACGGGACCGACAGUCUGCGCAACAACAAUCCUCCACCACAAGUGGAGUAUUACCGAGCCGUUCGCAAAGCCCGUUGUAUGUCACUGGUCGCGUUGUUACCCAUGGCAUUGGCUCUGUUCUUUUCCUCCUCUCGGCUCCACGACAAUGAACAUUUUGCGGGUGAUGUGGUGGGGGGAGCAGUCAUUGGUUUUGCCAUUGGCUACUACUUCCAUACCAACAUUUGGUUCUGUCGGGGAUAUCAGUGAGUGGUUAUUUCAAUCAGCAAAAGAUGAGCGAAUCAUGCUUACAGGUGAACGAAUGAUGUGCCGCCAUCGUUGUACAUGAAAAUAUGGGACAGCCAAUACUGGAAUUGAUCCUGCUGAAACAAGGUUUUGACGGCGGCACUACCCCUUGGAAGCAGCAGGGGAUACAAAAUGCUUCAUAUAGGAAAAAGCAACAAUCUGGGCAGAUAGCAUUGCGGAUCUUGAGCUGUUCUUUGAGCUGUACAAACGCAAAACGCAUGGACUCAUCCGUAAGGUCUUCCCGUAGCUAUUAAUUAUUACCGUAGCAGCAACUAUGAUUGAAGAUUCAU